AUGAUGAUGAUGCCUAUUCGUAUGUCGCCAAUCUGGUGCCUUCUAUUCUUCCUCUUUGGUUGCCUACAAUUCAAGGUCAAUUACGCAGCCAGUGAUGACACCAAACAAGCAGAUCCUUUGACAUUUUCAACAAAUGAGUGUUUCCUCACCGAACCUGUCUAUGGUCAUCUAUUCAAUUUUACGAAUUUGCAAACAGAUUUUGCCCAUUGGACUCGCGGUGAAUAUGGCGAUACCUUUGAAUUUAAUAUUUGUGGAAAUUUAACGAGAACCUGUAAUGGACGUACAGAUGUUGCGGCAUGUUUAAAGAAGGCCGAUAAAAAGGAGUACGUCUUGGGCACCCAUCAUCUAUUGGAAUAUCACAAUGGUAAAAUGUACUUUACAUUUUCGAAUGGUGAAAAAUGUCCCAAUUCAUCGGAUAAUUAUAAAUUGCAUGUGUACUUGGGAUGUGAUUAUACAUUGGAUAAGGAUCAGUCACGUGUUACAUCAUAUUCAUCCAAUGCCUGCUCCUUUUACAUAACAUUCGAAACACCCUUGGCCUGUUUACCCGAACCAGAAAAUGUUAAGGGCAAUGACUGUAGUGUACGAGAUCCCAAAACUGGUCAUAUGUUUAAUCUGAUGCCACUUAGUGAUAGUAAUUAUAGGAUAAGCGAUCGUCAGGGAAAUGCAUUUAUUAUAAAUGUCUGCAAACCCGUAUUGUAUAGCGAAAAUGCUAUGUGUCCGGCCGAGAGUAGUGUGUGCUUUCAAAAACCCCAUGCCAAUUAUAAAGAGAAAUUCUUCAACUAUGGUACAGCCCAACCCAGACCAACAAUUGAAAAUAAUAAUCUUGUAAUUCGUCACACAUCGCCAACACCAUGCAAUGGUGCCACAAAUUAUUCAUCUGUUUUAAAUUUCUACUGCGAUAAGGAUGUUAAGAAUGCACAUCCAGUACUAAUGGGUUUCAAAGAUUGUGUUUAUACAUUUACGUUUGCAACACCAUUGGCCUGCCAGGAAUUACCAUCAUGUACCGUUGUUGCCCAUGAUAAUGAAAUCAUCGAUAUGAGUCCAUUGCGUAACUCAAAGUUUACACUGGAACAAGAUAAUCAGAGCUAUGUACUAUCGAUAUGUUCAGCAACCGGUGAGCCGUGUAUGGAAACAGAUGGUGCAUGUCUGCAGGUCAAUAAUCAAUCAACCAGUCUGGGCAAAAGCAACGACCAUUUGCGUAUCAACCAGACGGGUACACCCUAUCUACUGUAUGAGGAUGGUGCCAUUUGCCAAAAGACAUCGGAUGGAGGAACUAGAAAAUGGUCAACUAAAAUAGAAUUUGUCUGUGCCAAUCGUACGGAGGGUAGCAACAGCAAGGAUAAAAAUGUUGGUCCGAAAAUAAUUGAAAAUUCCAAUUGUCAACUGUUAAUCCACUAUCAAACUGAGUUGGCUUGCCGUGAGCAAAUAAGUUGUAGAGCCAAAGUUUAUGUUGAUCAUUCGGAAGAUGGUACCGGUACGGAUUUUAUUGAUUUGUCACCGCUGAUUUCGAAUACAGAUAAUUAUGAGGCUGAAAUUGAUGCGGCAUUAAUUGCACAACAUCAACAGCUGACUAAGUCGACUAAGAUCUUUCUAAAUGUAUGCCGACCAUUAGUACCCAAAUAUGCCUUAGGCUGUCCAGGAGGUUCAGCUGCUUGUAUGGCGAAAAUUGAUAAAAAUACUGGCAAACCGGAAGAGGAACAGAGUCUUGGUUUCCCAUUGGCAUCGCUGGUUCCCAUAAACCGUACAUCGGCUGAAUUGCGUUACCUUUUGGGAUCGCCCUGUCCGGAAGAUAAAAACACCCUCAUGUCGUCAAAAAUUGAAGUUACAUGUCAAAUGAGAGCUGGUCGGUACUUGUAA